GCGCAUUAGGUAAAAAAAAAAAAAACAACCAAAAAACUAAUUGAAAUUAUAAUCGACAAAUAAAUCUGAUAAGGAUUUAAGCGUAAAAAAUGUAUGGCUUAUUUUUGUAACACCUAUAAGUGGGGCCCUUUUGUAUUUGAUAAAAUUUUAGUAGGAUUUAAAAAAAAAUUUUUUUUUUACUGUCAUCGUCCAAUAAUUAAUAAUGACUCAAAAUCAAUGAUGUAAAACAUCAUUGACCUAUUGACCAAUCGCUUCACCUCAAUUAUUCCAUUUUGAAAUGUUUGGGUGAAAAUACUGCAUAUUUUGUGUGUUUGCCAGAAAAAGAGUUUUCUAUGACAAAAAAAUAUUUGGGCAUUAAACAAACCAAAAAAACAACAACCCAUAAAUAUUUUUUUAACUUAUAAUCGACAGACAGAUCCGAAAUUGGGAUUUAAGAUAGGGAUUUAAGCGUACAAAAAUGUAUGGCUUAUUUUUGUAAUGUAAUACCCUUUUGUAUUCCAUACAAAUUUAGUAGGAUUUUUUUAAACUGUUAGUGUUCAAAAAUGAAUAAUGAAUCGAAAUCAAUGUUUUGAAUGAUUCCAUCCAUCCAUUUUCUACCACUUAUUCCCUUUAGGGGUCGCAGAGGGCACUGGUGCCUAACUCAGCUACAAUCAGGCGGAAGGUGGCGUACACCCUGGACAAGAUGCCAUCUCAUCGCAGGGCCAACACAGAUAGACAACAUUCACACUCACAUUCACACACUAGGGCCAAUUUAGUGUUGCCAAUCAACCUAUCCCCAAGUGCAUGUCUUUGGAGGUGGGAGGAAGCCGGAAUACCCGGAGGGAACCCACGCAGUCACGGGGAGGACAUGCAAACUCCACACGCAGUCACGGGGAGGACAUGCAAACUCCACACGCAGUCACGGGGAGGACAUGCAAACUCCACACAGAAAGAUCCCGAGCCCGGGAUUAAACCCAGGACUACUCAGGACCUUCGUAUUGUGAGGCAGACGCACUAACCCCUGUCGAACCGUGCUGCCCGUUAUGAAUUAUCGACCUUUCAAAUAUUGACCAUGAAAUAUUUCAAUUUGAAAUAUUUUUGUGGGGGGGAUUGUUGCAUGUUUUCUGCUUUGGCCAUAAAAAAAAGUUUUUUUUCUUUAAUCAAUAAAUACUACUUGAUAUCGGCAGAUAUAUCUGGAGUUUAUCUAUAGGUUUAAGUGUUGAAAAAAUAUAUAUAAUACAUGACUUAUUUUUUUAAUUUUAAUGACUGAGACUCAUCCGGGGUCCUCCGGGCCUAACUUGAGGGGAGACCUAAAGGUAAUAAAAAAAACAACCUAUAUAUUGUAUUGUUUUUGAAAAUGAAAAAUUACGCAAUGGCCCUCGCAUGCUUUGAUUUUUUUUUAUUAUUAUUAUUUUUUUCCUUAGUGGAAAAAGUUUUGACACCCCUGGGUCAAGGGAUACUGGACUGGCCAACCACCAGACUAUAAAUCAAUGUUCCUAGUGUUUGAACAUGAACAAAAGUAUUUUAUUACCUACAUGGAGAAGCAAAGGAAAGAUAUGUAAAACAUUUUUUGAGGGGGGUUCAAAAUAUAUAAAUAUGACUCGAUUGUGAUAGGCGCCAGCGACCCCAAAAGGGAAUAAGCGGUAGAAAAUGGAUGGACUCGAAACCUGAAUGGUGUGAUCAUUGUUAUACAGUAUAUUUAUGGAACGUAUAUAAAAACUGAUGGUCAUACAUCAGGGGUGUCCAAACUUUUUCCACAGAGGGCCGCACGCGGAAAAAUUUAAGCAUGCGGGGGCCAAUUUAAUAUUUUUCAUUUUCAAACCAUAACAAAAUAUAUGGAUUUUUUUUUUAAUCCUUAGGGCUCCUGGGGAACAUAGAGGGUCUCAGUCACUAAAAUGUUAAAAAUAAGUCAAAUUAUUAUUAUUUUUUUUUAUUUAAUGCUUACAGUAAAUCUCUAUAUCAACUUGAGGUUGAUAUAAAGUAAAACGAAUAAGUUUUAUGCCUUUUCUGUCAAAGACAAUUUAGUUUUUUAUAGUAAAACUGAAAUAUGCAGUAUUUAGAUGGAUGGAUUGAUUCCUUCAGGAGAGUUCCUUUAUUUAGCAAUUAAAGCCCUCAAAGAUCAAUAAUGCAGGACACCAUUGAUUUUAAUUAUUUAAUAUUUUUGAGUAAUCACAGUGAAAAGUUCAAUAAAAUCCUACUAAAUAUAUUUGAGAUCCAAAAAGUUCCCCACUCAUAAAGUGAUACAUUUUUAUUAGUUUUUUUUUUUUACUUUUAACACUUAAAUUUCAAGAUCAACUUCUGAUAUAUCUGCCGAUUUUAAGUUUGAACUAUUAUUUUGUUUGUUUUAUGCUCUUUUGUGAAAACUUUGAUGUUUUUAUACGGCAACCACACGACAUAUGCAAUAUUUUUCCACAUAAAACAUUUUAAAGUGAUAAUUUUUAAGUAAUAAUGCAUUAUAACAUAGAUUUUUUUUUUAUCCUUUUAAUUUUUUGAGCAAAGGAAAAAAAAAGACUCAAGGAACAAAAAAACUGCCUGCAUGGCAGCUUUGUGUCAACAUUGCCACUUUUUCUCAUUAGAUUUCACCUCACUCCACUUUUUUUUUAUUUUUACAAUACUAUCAAUUUUGCAAUUUUUGCAGAAUUUUGGGCGGGCUGGUAAAUGAUUAGCUGCGGGCCGCAAAUGGCCCCCGGGCCGCACUUUGGACCCACUGUCAUACAUGUUUAGUGCGCUCCUAGUGGUCACAAGCGUAAUUACAACUACUGCUCCCUACUUCGCACUCGCACUUGUGCCUCCAUCUACAGCUGUCACGGUACUUUUUUACCUGUUAACAUUGGUCAUGGGCAUCAUGGACUCUAAAAAAGUAAACAUUAGUAAAUGUAUCAUGUUUCGAGGUGACGGAAGGUGAAGUUUGUCAUUUUGAUGGGCGAAACGCGCGGGGUGAUAAUUGGUAGCGUCUUAACUCGCGGCCAUCUUGCUAAACACCACGUUGCUACGAGCUAUCUAGCUGACACCUCCUGUUCCUGCUUUAAGUCUCAAGUGUUUGAAUUCAUUGUUAUUUCCACCCUCUCCUACUUUCCAAGGCCAAACAAGGAUCUACCGCUUCACAAAAUGUCGAAAUUGCUGAAUUUGAAGUUGGAGGACCCAUCAUGCCUCUGGGCUCAGUUGGCGGGAGAUGGCAGCGUAGAGGCUGUUAGUAAAGAGCAGUACGACGAGCUCUUUGAUCAAAUGAAUCUCUUCUACAGCGAUGUCACCAAGGACGUGUGUAAAGUGUCGCCCUCCUCCUUGGAGGUGGGACGGGUGUAUGUUGUGUACUGGUCCCAGAUGAAGAAGUGGUGUCGGGCCCUGCUGGAGGCCAUCCUUACAGACUCGAUGGCGUGCUACGCACGUUGUUACUUAGUUGACCACGGAGAGCUGCUUGUUGUCCUUCUUCGGCAGAUCCGGUUGGCCGAGAAGGACUUUCUCCAGCUGCCGUACUGGAUGAGGAGGUUCCACCUGGCCAGGGUCAAACCAACAACCCUGCGUGUGUCUUUCUGUGAGAAGGCCAAGCUCGUCACGUCCAGUCGGUGGGACAGCUCGGCGACGUGCUACAUGCACAACCUGAUCCAAGCAUCCAGUCAGACGGAGGCCAUGUUGCUGGAGGACGAGUCCCACUCGACCGCCAUCGAGCUUUACGUGACCAUCAAAGACUUUAAGAUUUGUGUGAAUGAUGAACUUGUGGAGAGGAGCUAUGCUGUUUAUGACUACGAGUCAGCUGACAGCCGCGAGCUGGACCAACUGGACCUACAGUUUGUCAGGUUUUCAGGCGACAUCCUAACUUCAAAAACCUGUGCGCAUAUGUACAAGCCGCCAGCACCAACCCAACUUCUUCCAGAGAAGAUUAUUCUGCCUCCUCCUGGUUUGGACACAGAUGAAACCGCUUCACACGCCGAUGUGGAAACUUUGCCUCCUCCUGCCGCUUACGCUGACGUAGAAACUUUGCCUCCUCCUGCCGCUUACGCUGAUGUGGAAACUUUGCCUCCUCCUGCCGCUUACGCUGACGUGGAAAUCACAUGGCCUCUAACUGCUUGCACCGAUGUGUCUCAGAGCCAAGACUGCGACCUAAAAAUCUCAGAGGGAAGCAGCAGGUCAGAGGAUGGACCACAGCCUGACUGCACCCAAUCAAAAAGUGACUCGACAGAGGACUCGGAUGCCUCUUUGGAUGCUGCUUUCAACAGAAAUCUCAAUCUGUUUAGGCUUAUGAAGUUUCUCAAUCCUGACUGCAGCUUCAAAGAUGCGCAGCCAACUUUGAGUCACCAAGAGGAUCUGAUAGAAUGUUCACCUGGCGAAGAUUCUACCAGCUCGCCCAAUGGAUGCACGGGAGAGGAAGUCAAGUCACCACCAGACCAAUCGGAUGUGAUGAAGACCAGCAACAACAACUGGGCGUGCUCGAGACUUUUGGAGUGGUUGAAUCCACAGCCUCUCCAGCUCCAUUCAAAAGAUGAAGAUGAGCAGAUUAUCUCCAGUGCUCCUAAGAGAAGUGACAUGCUGGUGCACUCGGCCCUCCCAUUGGAGCCGUGCACAGGCUUAGAUGAUGCACCCAUCACUGAUGGCCUCCGCACGUUGUUGCAGAGGAAGCGGUUUUGCCUUUCUCCUGCUGACUUCUUCAGCUGGCCUGCUGUGGCUCAAGGAAAUAACACCGUGGUCAUUUCCCAUGCUGGCGACCAACCUCGAAGCUACCUAGCACCCCUCCUCACUCACAUGCUGCUCAGCAGCUCCAUCUUCACCACCUCAUCCUCCAGAGCAGGACCCAUAGCAGUCGUGUUGUGUCCUGGAUGGGAGAAAGUCCAGUUGGUGUGCGACCUGCUUGAAGAGAGCAAGGAUUCCCAGAGCCUCAGACCAUUCAGUGUGCUGCUGGGAACCACCAAAGACGAAGCUAAAUAUAUGAAGAUACCCAAAAACUGCCUGCUGUUAGUGACCACACCCUUCAGUUUUGUUCGUCUGUUGUCAUGUCAUCGCUUCCUGUUCCUGCGUAUGGGUCACUUGGUGCUAGACGAGGCAGACCAGCUUUUCAUUCUCUCUCCAGAACAGAUGGAGUCCAUUUUGCAGCAUUUUCGGACAGUAAACUCCCGCAAGGAAAUGGCCUUGUAUCCGCAGCAGCUUGUUGCUGUGGCUAAGCGUUGGACAAGUCACAUGGAGGCAAUGGUAACCAACCACAUGCCCUACCCCUGCAUCACCAUAGCAGCUUCCGAAGAAGCAGCUCUUUAUGGCAACGUGCAGCAGGCUGUCCUCAUGACCUUAGAGAGUAACAAGAUCUCAGCGCUGUUGGCUGCGUUAGAUUUCAGGCCUGACGUCGGCCAGAAGACUUUAAUCAUCACCAACUCUGUUGAGGAGGUUGAAGACGUUUUUAAUGCUGUGAGCAGUAAAUCGGUGUUCUGUCUAAAGUCUCAUGACGGUUUAAUUCACAACUUGGACUUUGUGGUCCAACAGUGGAGCAAAAACAUCGGGCCUGGAACUCACGUCAUUUUAGUCACCACCAGUGAGUGUUUGAGGUGUUUCGGGGUUACAGAUGCCACUUGUGUCGUCCACUUUGGCUUCCCGAGUUCACCCAAAUUGUUUGGAUGCCGACUGCUUUGCAUGAGCAGCAACUUAAGAAACCUCACAGAACCAGACUCAUCACAGGCCAGCUCCAGAGUCACCAGGUCUUUGCUGCUUGUCUCCGAGAGGAACACACGGCAUGUUUGUGCUCUUGUACGCUACCUUAAGCGGACAAACGCUGUCCUGUCUCCUGAGCUGCUGUCAUUUGCCGAGAGCACAGAAACAGCCCGGGAGGAGCAGAAGACAGAGCGGCCACUCUGUCGCUACCUAAAGAGCUUUGGAGUGUGCAGGGCCAGCACUGUAUGUCCAGACCGUCACAGGAUCCUUCCUCUGCUGGAUGAAUCGGAUGUUCCUGCUCCUGCUGUCAUGCAGGUGUUGCCUCUCUACGUCAAGACAGCGUCAGUCUUUUAUGGACGUAUAAUCAGGAAAGAAGAUUGCACCUUUGACAGCAUGGCGGCCGACAUGGCCUCUGUCUAUGCUGACAAGAAACCUUAUCCUCACGAGGUGCUGGAAGGAGGCUUGUAUGCAGUGCAGAAGAACGACGUCUACCAUCGGGUAAAGGUCCUAGCUACCCCCGACACGAAUGGCCAGCUGUUUUAUUGCGUCCGCUGUCUCUUUAUUGACAUUGGAAAAGAGGAAGAAGUCAAAUCCCAUGACAUCCUACAGCUACCAGAGAAGUUCCACUCUCUUCCCAGCCAGGCAGUGGAGAUGAUUAUCUGUCAGGUGAAGCCGGGUGACGCAGAGGCGGACUGGCAUCCCAAGGUGACUAGAGCCAUCAGCCAGAAGAUCCAAGGUGUUCAGCACCGAGCCAGAGCGGUCUUACGUCUUGGAAACACCAUCUUUUUUGAUUUAAUGGUUCGGGAGACUCACGUGCCUGGAAUGAAAACAGUCAUUAGUGAGUACAACGUUACCACCCUGAUUUUAAACACGGGCAUGGGAGAACGAAACCCGGAUCAUCUCGACCUGUUAAAGGGGCUGGGUCAGGACAAAAGUACCCACUGCAGUCAGGCGGAUCACUCAUCCGGGAACAAACCUGAAGAACGAGUUCUGGUGGUGAAGAACCUUGAUGGUGCCGCAUCCCCAGAUCCUCCCGAGUCUUCCCCGCAGCCUUCAGUUUGUGAUAUUGACGAUGCAGACAAGAAGACCACCACUGAUCUGAGUGGAACAGAAAUUGGAACUGACACCAGAACACACCAAGCUUUUCAUCUUAACCACAGCAGAGAUGGCGUUCCUGAUUAUGAUGACAAAAGAAACAAUCAGCAGAUCCUCAGUUGUCCUGGAGACGACAAGUCUACUACAAAAAGUCUGCACCCUCAGGUUCUGUGGUACCAGACGUCUGACUUGGUAACCGUCACGCUGAAGAUGAGGAACCCGCAGAGUCAGCGCUGUGACUUUCAUGCCGACCAUGUCGUGUACAGUGGCAGUGUGAACGAGCGUCGCUACAGAGCCCAUCUGGACCUUCACGCCAACGUGGUGCCUGAGCGUUGCCGCUGGGAGCUCAAGUCCAAUGAGCCUGUCCUCAGACUGGCCAAACAGGAGCGGCACUCCUGGCCAACACUGCUCAAAAGCAAGAACAUUUUUGUGAGUUACGACAUGGAGCACCUGGAGGAAGAAAAUGACGAGUCCCCACAAGGUGAAUUCUUUUUGGGGGAAACAGGAGAAGAUGCCUGCUGUGUCGACUCGGACAGCAGCACAGACAGCAACUGAACCUAUGCUCUGUCACGAUUGACUGGACAGCAUAUAAUACUGUUCAUACCCUUACAUACAUACAUGUGCACACACACACAUUGUGACUUGCUCAUGGCAGGUACAAAUUGUUAUUUAAUCCACUGUUGAUUUUGUAAAUUUCAACACCUCACAUAUACCUGACAGUCCAGAUUUAUUUGGUAGUAAAUUUAAAUAUAUAGUAUAUACAGUUGGGGAAAUAAGUAUUUGAUGUUUACCGCCACAGAAAUAUAUAAACACUCCAGUUUUAUAGCAGGUUUAUUGCAAACAAGGGAGACAGAAUGUACAAAACAGUGGUACAUCAAUUUACGAGUAAUUUGUGAUACAAGCUGCUUUUUGUUAUGCUUUAAGUUGCAAGCGUACUUAGGUACGGGCACAUACUUGGCCAAUGAAGCUGAUUCUGAUUUUAAUCGUCUGUAAAUUUGUAACAGGGUUGUGCUGUUUAAGCAAAAAAUAGUUUAUAUAUAGGUAUACGGCCCUGCGAUGAGGUGGUGAGUGGUCCAGGGUGUACCCCACCUUCUGCCCAAAUGCAGCUGGGAUAGGCUCCAGCCCCAACGCGACACUGAGAUGGACAAGUGGUAGAAGAUGGAUGGAUUGAUGUAUUUACACGCCGAUGUUCAUGCUUUGUGUACAUACGUUUUUGAUUGAACAGUUGAGAAGUACUUUUGAGCGCCACUCACAGAUCGAUGCAACCAUCGGAACUAAGAAAAUUAGUGCGAAGGAGAGGAAGCUGACUACCAAAUCAGAGAAACCGACCCCCCAAAAAAUUCCCCUACGGUUAGCAGAGUACCCGGCAAGUCACCCCUGCCAAAGCAUCAGUUGGAUUUGCAAAGGCUGUGCAGUUAGCUACAAACGUCCAAGCGCCCAUUUAUCCAUAAACAUUGAGAAGCUGCAGAUGCUGUGUUGGACGUGAUUUAGUUUCUGUCUUAUCCUGACUCAACAAACUAGACAGACAAUUUCUUAGUUCUUGCAACCCCUGGAAUAAAAAAAAAAGAUAGAAUCUGCAGACUUGGAGGAUGCUUAUUCAUUUUUUCAUUUUGUAGAAAAAAAAAAGCUGAUUCUCAAAUGGUAACUUUCUGGCUGUAACAAACACUGAAAUGAAUCAAGAAAAUAAAUUGUUAGUUGAAAGUAGUUACAUUUUUAGAUCAAGCAAAGUGAAACAAUUAUGGAUUAACUCAAUUCUGAAGAUUAAUUAUAGAAUCCUGAAAAACAUACGGAAUAAACCCCUACAACACACCACUACUACAUUGUUGCACCACCUUUGGCUUUUAUAUAUUUAUACGUAUAUUUUGGGGGGCGGUAUAGCUCGGUUGGUAGAGCGGCCGUGCCAGCAACUUGAGGGUUGCCGUUUCGAUCCCCGCUUCCGCCAUUCUAGUCACUGCCGUUGUGUCCUUGGGCAAGACACUUUACCCACCUGCUCCCAGUACCACCCACACUGGUUUAAAUGUAAAAAUUAGAUAUUGGGUUUCACUAUGUAAAGCGCUUUGAGUCACUAGAGAAAAAGCGCUAUAUAAAUAUAAUUCACUUCACACUUAUAACAGCUUGUAUUCUCUGAGGCACGGACUUAACGAGUGACAAACAGAACUCUUCAUCAGUCUUGCUCCAACUUUCUCUCAUUGCUUUUGUCAGAUCAGCUUUGCAGGUUGGAGUCUUCUCAUGAACCGUUUUCAUUUGCACCAUUUACAGUACAUCUGGAAAGUAUUCAGUGUUUCUCUUUUUCCACAUUACAGCCUUAUUCCAAAAUGGGAAACAUGUCCUCAAAAUUUUACACACAAUACCUCAUAAUGACAACGUGAAAGUUUUUUUUUUUUUUUAAGUUUGCUAAUUUAUUAGAAAUUAAAAAAAUCACGUGAACAAAACCAGUAAAGUUGGCACACUUUGUAAAUAAAAACAUAAUACAAUGAUUUGUUGCCAUCCAAGCAACGUUAUCAUGGACGCCCCUGCUUAUUUCAGCAAGACAAUGCAAAGCCAUGUGUUACAACAGCGUGGCUUCGUAGUAAAAGAGUGCAGGUACUAGACUGGCCUGCCUGUAGUCCAGACUGGUCUCCCAUUGAAAAUGUGUGGCGCAAUGUGAAGCGUGAAAUACGACAGCGGGGACCCCAGACUGUUGAACAACUUAAACUGUACAUCAAGCAAGAAUGGGAAAGAAUUCCACCUGAAAAGCUUCAAAGAUUGGUCUCCUCAGUUCCCAAACGUUUACUGAGUGUUGUUAAAUGGUAAAUGGGUUGUACUUGUAUAGCGCUUUUCUACCCCUGUUAAAAGGAAAGGCCAUGUAACACAGUGGUAAAAAUGCCCCUGUGACGACUUUUUUGCAACAUGUUGCUGCCAUUAAAUUCUAAGUUGAUUAUUAUUUGCAAAAAAAAUUACAAUUCUCAGUUUUAACAUUAAGUAUCUUGUCUUUGCCGUUUAUUCAAUUGAAUAUAAGUUGAAAAGGAUUUGCAAAUCAUUGUAUCUUGUUUUUAUUCACGAUUUACACAACAUGCCAACUUCACUGGUUUUGUACAUAAGUAUAUAAAGCCUUUGCUCAAUACUUUGUUGGUGCACUUUUGGCGGCCAUUUCAGCCUCAAGUCUUUUUGAAUACGACGCUACAAGCUUGGCACACCUAUCUUUGGGCAGUUUCGCUCAUUCCUCACUGUGGCACCUCUCAAGCUCCAUCAAGUUAGGUGGUUGCUGCAUUCAUCUUUCCCUCUAUCUUGGCUAGUUUCCCAGUUAUUGGUGCUGAAAACCAUCCCCACAGCAUGAUGCUGCCACCACUAUGCUUCACUGUAGGAACAGUAUUUGCCGGGUAAUGAGCGGUGCCUGGUUUCCUCCAAACAUGACGCCUGGCAUUCACGCCCAAGACUGCAAUCUUUGUCUCAUCAGACCACAGAAUUUUGUUUCUCAUGGUCAGAGUCUUUCAGGUGCAUUUUGGCAAACGUUUCACCAAGAAAUGGCUUCGGUCUGGCCACUCUACUAUACAGGCGUGAUCGGUGGAUUGCUACAAAAAUGAAGGUUCGCCUCUCCACAGAGGAAUGCUGGAGCUCUGACCAUCGGGUGCUUAGUCACCUUCCUGUCUAGACUAAGAUGAAUGCAGCAAUGCACAGAGACAUCCUGGAUGAAAACCAACACAUCCCAUCCUAACCUGAUAGAGCGUUCUGUCUUGAUGCUUUGAGGUUUUCCUUGGUCUACCAGUAUGAUUGCCCUUUACCUUCCCACGUGGUUUGCCCUUGGUUGACAUUUUACACAAAGCUGACUGUGAACAAUUUACAUCUUUUGCAACGUUCUACAUUCUCAAAGAAGUUUGGUAAUCCUCUCCUUUGUUUCAAUUGACAGUAAUCAUGUUGUAGCCAUGAUUCAUGUCAAUCAACAGCUCUCCAAGGUGUGGUUCGGUCAUUUUUUCACGCUGCUUGAUUUAAAAAAAACAACAACAAUCUGUUAUUUAGUUUCUCGAUUUAAUUUAGUGUUGCUAAAGCCAGAAAUUUGCUAAUUGGAAUGACUAUCGAUUUGUGUUGGGUUUUAUGGCCACACAACCGCUCUUGUCAGGUUCCCAAUCAAAUACUUAUUUCUCCCAAUGUAUCAUUCUUUUAUUACUUUGUCAUUCUCCCUCUUAAAUAAAUACUGGACUGUAUUUGCAAGGGCAUUUAUUCACUCUUUAUUUGUUGCUUAAUCUUUGGCAGGCAAUUAUGUUCAAAUUCAAUACUUUUCCUUGUGAUUUGUGUUCAUGUCACUCACUCUGGGGAGGCUUGGCUCAGUUGGUAGAGCGGCCGUGCCAGCAACUUAAGGGUUCCAGGUUCGAUCCCCGAUUCAGUUUUCCUUGUCACUUUUGUUGUAUCCUUGGCCAAGACACUUAACCCACGUGCUCCCAGUGGCCACCCACACUGGCUUUGGUGUAACUUAGAUUAUGGGGUUCACUAUGUAAAGCGCCUUGAGUCACUAGAGAAAACAGCUAUAUAAAUAAAAAUCCCUUCAUUCUGCUUUGAUUCAAGAGUUACUGAGGGGGAAAACUGUACAUUAGUUUAGAUACAGUACGUGUUUGUGGUCACAUGGCUGUCUUGUUUGGUUGUUGUUUUUUCGCUGCAUCUUUCAUUUGAGGUGUUUUCUAUGUGAUCCACUAUGAAAAAAAUAAAUACAAAAAGCAUCAG